CCGCGGAGAGGUCGCGCUCAUGGGCCGCCGCCGCCGGCGGGAGCAAGAGGCGGCCCCUCCGGGGGCGGCCCCUCCGCCGGCGCCGCCGUCCCGGCAGGUCCUGUCCACGGGGGGCAGCAGCGCCGCCAGCAAGAGGUCUGCCGCCGCGAUGGGCUACACGCGCGACCGCUUCGCACUCCGGAUGGCGCCCGCGGGAGGCCGCCGCGCCCCCAUCAUCCACCGGGGCUACUAUGUCCGGGCCCAGGCAGUGGAACACUGUGUCCGGGCAUUCCUGCUCAGCACUCAUGGCUGCCCUCUAAGGCAGAUCAUCUCCUUGGGCGCAGGCUUUGACUCCCUCUUCUUCUUCCUCAAGAGCAAGGGGCUUCUGUGCCACACAGUGGUCUUUGAGGUUGAUUUUCCAGACGUGGCAUGCCCUAAAGCAGCCCUCAUCAGGGGAACGGAGGAACUGAUCACCCUGGUGGGGAACGACGCUUCUGGACAGACUCUGGGAGCGGCUGCUUUUUCCGGGGAGGAUUACAGGCUGUUGGGAGUGGACCUCUCUGAGCUGCCACGGCUGGAAGAAGCCUUGCACAGAGCAGGACUGGACCCCAAAGUCCCCACAAUGCUGCUGGCUGAAGUGGUGCUCACCUACAUGGAGGUGGAGAGGUCAGAUGCCCUGAUCCAGUGGGCCGCUGGACACUUCCUGCAUGCAUGGUUCAUCCUGUAUGAACAGAUCCACCCUGAAGACCCCUUUGGGCGUGUCAUGCAGAAUCACUUCAGCCGGCUCAACUCCCACCUUCGUUCCCUGGCCCAGUACCCCAACUGUAAGGCCCAGCGGUCCCGAUUCCUUCAGAGGGGCUGGACAGAAUGCAGCAUCGUCAACAUGAAUGAGUUCUACAGACACGUUGUCCUUGGAGAGGAACGGCAGAGGAUCCAAGCCCUGGAGCCUUUUGAUGAGUUUGAGGAAUGGCACCUGAAGUGCUCCCACUAUUUCAUCCUUGUGGCCUCCAAAGGAGAGACACCAUCUCCAAAUCUUCUAUUUCCUGGUCUGGAAGCCCCCCUGACUCGCUCUCUGCCAUGUUUUGCCGGGACUGUUGCUGCAUCUGCUUGUGCACCUGUCUCUGGCCUGAGGCGCUAUGGCCACCGCUCUGUGAUCAUUGCCCCCCACGUGAUCCUGACCAUUGGAGGUUUUGGGGACCACGGGGGACGUCACUGCCGCCUGACAGAGCUGCAUGCCUUGAUCAAGCAGAAGGAUGCCUGGCAAGAGAGCAGUGUGACCUUGGCCGAGCCAGGAGACGCCUGGGACGGCCGGCUCUUCCACUCCUUGACUCUUCUGCAGGCAGGCUGGGCGGUGGUGUUUGGGGGGCGCCGGUCCCCGGUGAAGCCUGCUCUAGAGGUGCAUUGCCUGAGAGUGUUGGAGUCUGCCAGCGCCUCCGCCUCCAGCCCUCUUCGUGUGGAACUGACUCGGCUGCUGCCUCCCCAGGACCUGCCUUUGCCCCGCUGGAGACACACGGCAACCAAAGUUGUGCAUCAAGGUGAGGCAUACCUGUUUGUCUACGGGGGCUGUUGCUCCAGGCAGGCUGUGCUGGCGGAUUGGUGCUUCCUGCACCUGAAGGAGGAGGGGAAGAUCUCCUGCCAGCAGAUCCCUGUGGAUGGACCUGUCCCAGCUGGCCGCCACUCCCAUAGUGCCUGUGGCUGGGCAGGUGGGGUGCUCAUCACAGGAGGCCUGGAUGCAGCAGAGCAGCCUCUGGGCACCAUCCUCUUUCUGAGGCCAGCUGGGAAAGGCUUUCAGUGGCACUCAGUGGAGACCCACCCGCCAAUCUCUCCCAGAUACUCACAUACAGCCCAUGUGCAUCGGGGGAGGCUGUUGCUGGUGGGUGGCGUCUGGUUCCAUGCCCCGUCCGUGCCUGGCGUCACUGUGAUUGAUCUGGCAACGGGACUCACGGCGGAGUAUUGCAUUGACACGGCAUCUCUGGAGUGGCCUCUGAUGUUGCACAACCACAGCAGCAUCUUCCUGCCAGACGAAGAGGAGCUUCUUCUUCUUGGUGGUGGUGGCAACUGCUUCUCCUUUGGGACACAUCUGAACUUCCAUCCUGUCCGCCUGGCCCUGGCUAGUAUUUGGAGUGAGCCGUGAAUCCCUGAGUGGACCUGAGAGGAUGUGGUCAGCAGAAGGGAAAGAGAUUGCCCUGCCCUGGCUUGGUGCAGGCGAAGUAUGUAUGUGGGGGGUCAGGGCAGGGCAAUGCCCACCCACCCUCCACAUGUGGCUAUUGGCUCUUUCUGUCCCAGGGAAGUUGAUGACCCUCCUGGCAAGAAGGUGUUAUUUGCUCAGAGGCCAAAUGAUGGUGGGAGGGAAGGAAGCAGGGCCAAUGGAGGUUUGGGGCAGCUGUCCUGUGUUCCCAACCAUAGGAAAGGGGCUUCUUAGAUUGGGGAAGAAUUGAUGAAUGAAGGCAAAAGAAUAAAUAAAAUCUGCUCUCCCCAGGGAGGCUUGCUUGACGCCUUCCCUACACAGCUUUAGGUGCCAGGUAAAAACAUUCCUCUAAGGCCUUUUAAACAGGGGUAGGUGGGUACUGUUUCGUUUGUUAUUAUGUUACGCAUUUUUAUACUGUAAACUACUCUGUGAGCUUUGGAUGAAGGGUGGUAUAGGAAUUUAAUAAAUAAAUAAUAAAUAAACUCUGACUUAUUCCUAGCCCAAAUCUAGUACUCAGUUGUAUGCUAAAGCCAUGGGUGACACUGACAUUCAUGCCAAAGGGUAGUUUUAAAAAUAAUUUAAAAAACUUGGGCUUUGUGUUUUCUUAACAAAAUGCAUGAGAUAGGGGUGGGAAAGAGAGAGAGAGGUGACUUUCCUCUCUUGGUUGUUCAUACUUUUCAUUUAGCAUGAUACACGCAGCUGGCUGCCCAAGUCCAGCUAUGCCAAAAUUUUGGAUUUCACUGCGGAGUCAUUUGGGUUCCCCGGUUUGGGAUUCUGUCACUCAUAUCUAUGCAUUGGGAUCCUUAGGAAAGGGACUGAAAGUAAAGCCGUCUCUUUUGCAAUGCAUACUAAUCUAUAGUGUGGCUGCACUUAGAAUACUGUGUGCAGAAUUGGUUGCCUCCCCUCAAAAAGGAUAUACAGUCGUACCUCACAAGACGAACGCCUCGCAACGAAAAACUCGCUAGAUGAAAGCGUCUUGCGAUGUUUUUGGUGACUCGCAAGAUAAAGUUUUCUAUGGCCGCGCUUUGCAAGAUGAUAUUUUUCGGCGUUU